AUUUGGGGCUUCUCUCGCGGCAGGCGUUCCAGCGGUGGCCCAGCCAUUCCUCUUGGCUCCUGCAACUCCCCAGGGGUGGCCUGGACAGGAUGGCGUCUGUGACAAUGGCUACGUCGGAGUGGAUUCAGUUCUUCAAAGAAGCUGGGAUUCCGCCAGGACCUGCCGUCAACUAUGCUGUCAUGUUUGUGGAUAAUAGGAUCCAGAAGAACAUGCUGAUGGACCUCAACAAGGAGAUCAUGAAUGAGCUGGGCAUCACCGUCAUUGGCGACAUCAUUGCCAUCCUCAAGCAUGCCAAGGUGGUGUACAUACAGGAAAUGUGCAAAGCGGCAACAGAGUCCGUGGCCUCUAGCCAGACCACUGUGCAGUCUGAACUCCGACGAAAUGCCAGCAGCGCUGCCACACGAAUGAUUGCCAAUAGCCUGAGCCGAGAGUCUCCACCCUCCACUCCUGUUCGGAGGUCCGACAGCAGUACCUCCAAAAUCUCCAUCACUGUGUCCAAUAAGAUGGCGGCAAAGAAUGCCAAAGCAGCUGCGGCUCUCUCCAGUCCUGGGGUGGAGAAUGCUGUGGUCCCAGUGAGGCGGCGCCGUGUCACAGCGGAGAUGGAAGGAAAGUACAUCGUCCACAUGCCAAAAGGAACCACACCCAGGACUAAAAAGAUCCUGGAGCAGCAGGCCGCAAAAGGCUUACAGAGAACCUCUGUAUUCGACCGGCUUGGUGCAGAGAGCAGUGCAGACACGACUACAGGAAGUAAGCCCACAGGAGUGUUCAGCCGAUUGGGGGACGUGCAGAAGGCUGAGGAAGAAGAGAAGACAGUGGUUGAAAGUGAUGAGGAUGAUGACGACAGCUCCGUCCUUCAGUAUGCCGGUGUCCUGAAGAAAUUAUUUAAGCCCUCGAAGCCCAAGGGGAGCGGCAAGGCGGGGGUGACCAUUAAAGCCAAAGCCACCAGCUCUGAGCCUGUGUUGGCGGUGGCAGCGGCUCCCACCACCACCAUAAAGAGGCUGGGGAGCAGGGGCCCAGCAGGUCCCAUGGCUCCCAGCAAAGAAAAAAAGGCAGAGCUGUCCCCAGCACAAGGACACCACGUUGGGAAGAGGCUGGGGAAGCGCCCCCUGCCUACCGAAGCCCAGGACAGCAGUGUCACCAGCUCCAGGAGCAAGCCGGACUCUGGCUUCCGGGUCACCAUCAAGAGAACUUUGGGGAGCAGCAAGGUAAGCAGCACCACGGAGACCCCCAGUGCCCAGAUGGACAAUACGGAGACGGUCAGCGUCUUUAAACGGCUGGGCAGGAAGACUGUAUGAGCCCCGGCCCCGGAGGGCUCUGCCGUGCCAGCAUGCGGGGGCUCCUCUUUGGGUUCCACUCAGAGAGGUGUGUGUGUGUGUGUCCCCAGACGAUCUGAAAACGAGGGGUGUAUUUCCCCUGGGCCUGCGGUCCUCCACCCACUCGUCCUGCUCAUUUGCACAACAAACGUCUUUCCCUGUACCUCCUUGUGGACUGAUCCUUUCUAGUGAGGAGGCCUGGUUCUCCGGGAGUAUUUCUUAGUUCUCCCACUGGUCUGUUAGGGCAUGUUCUCCCUGUGUUGGCAGAGCAGGGCUCCUUAGGCAUUGCUGGGAAGGCCACGGAUGUGUGGGAGUCACUGCCAGAGCACCAAAGCAAGCGUGGCCCUUGUAGGGAAUAUAGGAGCGUAGGCAGGCCUUUGGAGAGGAAGGGAAAGUUCUUGGGGCUGCUUUGCAGAGCCCUGAACCUCCUUUUCUUUCCUUUUCUUCCUGCAGGUCCUUGCUCUUUCCUAGGAAGUAGAGUCUUGAGGGGCUCCGUAAGAGAGAGGCACUGGGCUUGUGAGAGGCAGGAGAGGCUCUUCCCCUCGCUUUUCUUUUCUCCGUUCCUUUUUUUCCCCCUUUCCCUCUCUUUCCAGAGUUUGCAUCUUCCCAUAUCCCGAUACAUGACUAUCCCAGGAAUGGCAGCUGAACAGUUCCCAAUAAUUCUCUUGCUGGCUGCUUAGAGCUGUGCCCUUGGUGCGCGCGCACACACACACACACAAGCAUGCACACAUACACAAGCCCAGUAACAAAACUUUUCAGAGUCUGUGAUGAAGAGUGUUUCCUGUCACCUGUUCUUGGGCUCCCAUUUCCUUCACCUCCCGGAGGGGAGAGUGCGAGAAAGAGACCUCCUUUCUCCUCUGGCUUCUGCUGUUCCACGUUUGAGUAAGAGAGGAUGAUUUGAGGGGCUUGAAGCUUCAUCUGCUGGGGGUUCUGCUCAGCUUCCUUAGCCUCAAGGUGCUGAUGAAGCUUCACAUGAGAUGAUGGAGGGGCAGGGAAAGUGCUGUUCCUCUCCCCCAGCUCGGUCCCAGCUGUUCUCUGAGCAAACCCAAGCCACCACUUGUUGCAGGGAAACAGAGUGGUUACUCCCUGAACCAAGACCGGACGUUGAAGGGGGUGAGCGAUGUCGCGGUGGAGCAUCUCAAGAGGCUCUGGGGAUGCCCGACCAUCGGAGGGGGCGUUCUUGUCCCUGCCUGCAGCUCCAUCUCAGUCCGGUCUGCAUGGCCCCCUCGUGUCUGGAAGGCACCGUCUCCUCUGCAGCCCCCCCCAAUCGCCACCCUUUGCAGCCUUUUCUCCUCCGUCUCUGGUGAAGAGGCACGAUCGACGGGAGUUUCUGCCACGGCUGUUUCUGAAGAGGGGGAAAUGAAACCUUGCUUGUUUAAUGGCUUAGGAGGACUUGGUCCACCCUUCCAGGCUGUGUGCCACAUCUCCGUCCCUGCCUCCAGAAGAGAAUUCCGACACAAAAACAGAUAGGGGGAGGUGUCUUUUCUUCCCCAAAAAUACAUGAGCAGGUAGCCAUGUUGGAUUUCUGAUAUUUUAAGGUUUUAAUUGAAUGAAUUUAGAGGUGCUGGAUGAGUUGCAACAUUACUGUUCAUGGUUUUAGUGUUUGUUUUUAAAGGAAGCUAGCUUCCUUUUGUAAAUGUAGGGGAAGCAACUCUGUAUUUAGGUGUGUGUAUUCCUGUCCUCAGCUGUUGUGGUGGGGGAUGCAGGUCUCUUAGUAGUGCUCUCUGAACUUGCCUCUGGGAAGCAGAAGUGUUCCCUUGUAGUAAAGUGGGUCUCCCGCUUAGCCUAGGAUUCAGCUUCUCUCAUACAGGGCAAUGGGGCCCUUGGUGGCUCAGGAUCCCUGCAGCCCUACAGGGUUGCUGAUAGAACGGUGGCAGAAAUCUCCUCUGCCCUGGCAGAGUAGACGUUCAUCCACAAAAAGGAGAGGGAGCACUGGGUGUACAGCACCAUCACAGGAGACGGUUGUGACCCACAGGUUAUGAGUAACUUGUGGGGUAUAAGCACGGAUCAAGAAAUGGUGAGAGAAACCCUUUCCAGCACAUUUCUAGCCCAUGUCCUCUUCAGCCCGCAAGAUGGUUUAUGGAUUAUGUUAUAAAAAUUUCCAGUAUAAAGUUAGGAAUGUGCAAUAAUACAACAUCUCUUAGAAGCUACAGGAUUUCCUGAUUGAAUGACCUGAUAGAAGUCAUUCUCUUCGGUCAGUGGCUGGUUCGUGGAAAACAACAGGGGCCGCAGGAACCCUUUUACUUCCUGACUUUUGCUCCUUGAAUAACAAUAAAUAUUUUUAUGCAUUUUAAAAUUUUAGAAUGGCAGUGUUUAUUGCACACACAUAUUCAUACAUACAUAGUGAAGGGUUCUGUCUGGUAUCUCCUGUUAAAAAGAGGCACACAAGGCUGAAAAUGACCCCCCCCCCCCC